AGGCGUGGCGGGGCGUGGCGGGAUCGCCGCGCCGGGCUGGCGGCUGUCGGGCGGCGGCGUGGGUCGGAGGGUGCUUCCCGGCGGGCAGCCUGCCCCGCUGCCGCAGCAGCCGGCUCCCUGAGGCACCUCGGCCCGCCGCCGGAAAUGAACCCAGGAAGUAAUGUGAAGGGCCAUGUGAAGCUCUGUCAUAGCACAAAUUUUCUAAAAGAUUGCUUUACCUAGCUGGGCUUGGCAAAGCAAGGAUAUGAACAAUUAUACAGGUGGGCUACUCAGGGGGAGUGAAGAUAUAAGGCAUCCAAACAGGUAUUGGCAACCUGCAGCACUGUAAAAAUGCCCCUCCAACAGAUUUCUGUAGUUCCAGUGCGGGAGACUGCCAGCAAUGGGAGAAGUUCAAUGGGCAGAAACAAAGAGAAGAACAAGGAAGUUGAGAAUUUCAGCAAUUAAGAAAGGAUAAGUGGAAGGAGAAAAUGUUGGGCUGGUGCCAAGCGAUAGCUCGUAACCCUCACAGACUUCCAAACAGCACAAGAACACCCGAGGUCUCAGGUGAUGCUUCACAUAACUCUACUUUGAAUGACAAAUCCCCAGGGCGUUCCACAAGUCGAUCAAGUAGCAUUUCAAAGGUGUGUCUGAAAUCUAUGCCAAAAAGCCAGGAUAUACAGGAGGCAAGCAGUCCUACAACAGGAACAGCUCCCAGGAGUCAGUCACGGUUGUCUGUCUGCCCUUCCACUCAGGACAUUUGUAGGAUCUGUCACUGUGAGGGAGAUGAUGAAAGUCCCCUCAUCACACCGUGUCGCUGCACAGGGACCCUGCGGUUUGUUCAUCAGGCCUGUCUGCACCAGUGGAUUAAGAGCUCAGACACACGCUGUUGUGAACUCUGCAAGUACGACUUUAUAAUGGAGACCAAGCUCAAACCUCUUCGGAAGUGGGAGAAACUACAGAUGACAACAAGUGAGAGGAGGAAAAUAGUUUGUUCGGUCACAUUCCACGUAAUUGCAAUUACCUGUGUUGUUUGGUCAUUGUAUGUUUUAAUUGACAGAACUGCUGAGGAAAUUAAACAAGGCAAUGAUAAUGGUGUCCUUGAAUGGCCAUUUUGGACAAAACUCGUUGUGGUGGCCAUUGGAUUCACGGGGGGCCUGGUCUUCAUGUACGUGCAGUGUAAGGUGUAUGUUCAGCUGUGGCGCAGGUUGAAAGCCUACAACAGAGUCAUCUUUGUUCAGAACUGCCCAGACACCACCAAAAAAAUGGAGGAGAAGAACUCUUCGUGCACGCAGACUUCAGACAUCAAGGACGCAGUCGUGGUGCCAGUAGCACAGACAGGUACAAACUCUCAGCCAGAAGCUGAAGAAAUGAUGUCUGAGGUCAUGCCAGUUUGACAGUGGCAGCAUUGUUUCUUCCUUGCAGAAUAAGCCGUAGUGUUUUCUACACUACAAAUGCUAAAAGAGAGCAGAAACGACUGUGCGUUUUUUUCAGUUAAAAAGAACAAAAACCACACAAAAAACAAAAUCCUCCAAGGAAAAUGGAUCCAGCAAAGCAACUUGUUACUGUAUGGAAUGUGACCGUUUGUGAAGUAGUUCCUCAACUAGUCAGCAAGUGUAGUGAAAGUGGAAGUGUAGAAAGUGCAAUAGAGAACAGGUUUAACAGACAAUGCCAAACCAAUGUGACAAUAGUACUUUUUUUUUUUUUUUUAAAUUUAAAUUCGAUGGCUGGGAAAGUAGGAACAGACCUGAUUGAUACAAUCAUUUUGUUUACAGAAAACAAAAACCUUUAAUCUGUUUACUUCUAAGAGUUGUGUAUUUGCUAUUUAUCUUCUUAAAGAUAUACUUCAAAAGGGUACCGAUCAAGUUAUAUGCAUUAACUGAAGCGAAGUACGAAGCUGUAUUACAGCACUCACUCUCUAAGUCUCAUAUGGUAACACACAUUCAUGUGGCUGCAGUGGAGCCUGAAUGUUUGGGCAGCUGUGUCAACUGAGGAUAUUUGAGACAUUGGAAGGGUAGUAUUGUUUUAAAUAUGCCUGAAUUUUUGAAACGCAAGCAAUUCCAACCAGUAUAAACUCAUGUCCCCAUAAGCUACAGAUAUUUUUUGAAGUAUAGCUGUCAGCCAAACAAGAACAGAAAAGAGAGAAUGUGUAGAUAUGUAUUUAGAAGAGCAGCUCAGCUGUUUAUUUUGCUUUGUAAGAGUGAAUUAGACAUAAAUUGGACACACAACGAUUUGACGCAGAACUAUAAAUGAACAAAAUGCAGGUCAGUGCAGACCCACACAAAAGUAAAUAGCAUAUUAUCAAAGGUCUGAAAAAGAAUGACACAUAGGAAAGAUGGAAGCCAAUUUUGGUUUCAGUUUUUAAGAUUCAUGAUACACAACAGUAGGUGUAAGAGAAUAUACCUACGUAUUUUAAGAGAACAUUAGUUUUUAUCUCCUUGUUCUGAAAAGUUAGUUUUUAUCUUCCUGACUGAGAAAAUAAAUCAAUGGUUUCCCUCUGUACAGGUAAACUUGAGGUGUUAGAGAUUUACAGUUCAGUUAACUUUGUGUUUUGAACAUCCUCAUAUAAAAAUGAAGUGUGAAUAGCAUUAAAAGGUGCAAUAGAUAAAUGAAUGUAGAUGUAAUACUGUGUCCAACAGGGUGAAUUAUAUAUAAAGAACCAUUUUUGUGAUUCACGUCUCAUACCUGUGAUGUUUACCAUCAGGACACAAGAGCAAGUAUUGACUUGGAGUAGUUACAUACUGGCGUGGACAAGUCUGGAGCCUGAACAUAAUGUAUAUUUAAAAAAAAUAUUAAAGUUGGUUUUUUAUCUUUUAUUUAGGUAAAGGAGGAAAAGCAAACAAGCAAAUAAAGAACCAGAGUAAAGAGGAUAGGAAAGGACAGGUUCAUUUAAAGGGAGAAAUCUGCCACAAGUACAAGUGAACUAGACUUGUACAGAAGCCUUGGUAAAUUUCCUCUUUACACACUCAAAUAUCUAUAAUUAAAUAACAGAAUCAGUCCCUUCUUGCAAUUAUCCAGGGUGCUGGGCCUAAGAUGUAUUAGAGUUCAUAUGUUAGGCAUUCCUUUGUGAAUGUGUUUACUGGCUUAAGGCUUAGGGAACACUGGAAGUAGCAGUAUUAGCAAGAAAUGUGUCUUUUAUCAGACCAUUAUGUUCUUUUGUAUUGGAAUUGUUCAUGUAAUUUUGCUGUGACUAAGUGAUUGUCAUCUGGCUAAACAGAACACAAAAUCUUGGUGCUUGAACAGUCCCUAAAUACGUAUUAAUAUUUACUGUAAGUGACUCCAGGUGAGUUGGAUUCAUGUUUAAGAUUUCACAUAACAACACACACUUUUCAUACAAAAUAACUUUCCAAUUCUACAAUUUCGAAUUGGAAUUGUAGCAGCUUCUCAUUUGAAAUUACAUACAAGAGUAAUCAAAUCAUUUCUCUGUUUGUAACUGUGGAGGAGGCUUCAGAAGGCCUUCAGAAAAUGAUGACAGUACUAAGGAAUGCCUCAUAACUGCACGUUUAAAAUAGUCUGCAGAGGCACGGUUUUCGAAAAGUAAAUCUUAAAUCUGAAGUCAGACAUUUAAAAUUACUAGCUGCAUCUAAAUGUUUGGGAUGAUGUUUACAAUAAAACCUGAUGAAUCAUAGCAAAAUUGACUGACAAGGAACAUUAUUAUGGAAGAUAAAUUAAGAGCUUUAUGAAAUAAUCAGACAUUUUCUUACAAAGUGACAGUAACCCUGCUUCCUUAGCUAACUUGUUCUUUGACCUGCUAUAGAUUCACGACCCCAUUGAAAGUACUUUAUCCCCUAUUUUGACACUUUACUGGAGACUAAUUCACAUUGUUUUUUUCUUGAACAAGUAUAAAAUUCAACUUAAAGAAAAUACCUGAGGCUUCUAAAAGCAGACUCUAGUAUCCAACAAGAUUACUGUACAUUUUUUAAAAUAUACUGGAGAGUCGGCCACAGAACAGACAUCUUGCAGAAUUUUAUACUAAUGACUUUAACUUCAGUGCGCUAUUUUGGCACUCAUCUCAACUACAUGUGCAACCAAGCUUACAGCUAGUGAAACACAAGAACGGAGAAAGACUUGAAAUUCCUCCUUUCCCUUUGAAAUAUUAAUUUAGACAGCAAGAAAAGAAGCAAAAUAGGACAUUGUCUGCUGAGACAGACAAGAAGUCUGCAGCUUGAAGCAGUCUUUAACCUUUUAAAGCAUUACAGUAUUAGCCCCGUGCAUCCCUUUAUCUUCUUAGGUGCACUGGAUAUUCUAGAGCUUUCAGGGAUUUCAUGCAGGAUUGGAAUUUGGUUCUGAAGCAGGGUGCUACCCCUUCAAGAGGGCAAGGAGCUAUUCACACCACCAUGCCUUGGACACAGGUCUGCAUGAAUAAGGUGCACAGACACCAGACUGCUGCUUACCAGCAAAUGUUUUUUCAUUCCUACACAAAGCACAGUUUUCUCUAUCAACUCAACAACCACAGGAUUCUGUCCUGCAAAAAAACAAUAUGCUGAAAGUUUUAAGAUACAUUCUAAGACUUUUAAUGAAAAUAACAUACUAAAUAAAGAUCCAUACCAAACUGCCUGUGUAACCACAGUGCAUCUCAGGCAAAGAUGCUGACGGUGGAAUUUAGCCUUGGCUAAACCCACAAGGGCAGAACCUUGCUCUAUGCAGCCAUUACCAAGAGCAGCUUAAUCUGCAUUUUUGUUUAAGGAAAGUUUUAAUGAAGGUAGGUAGAAGUAAUCUGGUGUCAGAUCAGAUCUGGAAUUUUAAAGAAGAUACUCCUAAGUUGUGAACAAGCACAUUUCUUUUCCUGUUUUAAGUUACAAGCAUUAUAAAAUUUAUUUCAAACUGGCAUAAACAUACUACUGUUGACCAUCAUUAGCAUUACAAAGAUUCUCAACUAGUCCAACUGUGCCAUUCACACACUGCUCUAUCUGAACGCAGUGUUUAUUUUUGUUGUGUAGAAAAAAAUAGUAAUUCCCCAUCACCAGAAAAACCCAUUUAUAAUUUCUAAUAAUGCAAUGAAACUUACUCUAAGAUGAAAACAUUUUACUGUGUAUAAUAAAUAUUUGGAACUACAAGUUUGUGUUACUUGUUUAACUAACUCCCUCUCUUUUGCAAAAGAAAAAUUGUGGUUGAAUGUGUACUGAAAGAGAGAAGAUAAGGGAAACAAAAGUAAUGUAUCUGCUUAUUGUUGUGAAAAAAAUGUAUUUGUAUUAAAAAUAUGACCCAAAUUA